AUGAUCUUAUCACCGUCAUCAGCUAAAUCAUUUCCUUAUCAUGGUUACAGAUUACCACUCCAUAUUUAUCCGAACUAUUAUGCAAUUCAUCUUCACCCAAAAUAUGAUCAGUUAAUCACUCAUGGUAGCAUGAUCAUUGUCGUGACUUGCCAAGAAAAAACUGAUUUCAUUAUUUUACAUAAGAAACAAAUAGUAAUUAGUACUAUUUCAAUAAGCAGUGUUAACAACGGAAAUGACAGUAUUAAAGUGAUUAAAACUGUAGAAAAAUCUAAAUAUAACUUUUACUACCUUCAGUUAGAAGAUUAUUUACAACCUAAUUAUCAGUAUAUCAUUCAUAUGAAAUUUACUAGUUACAUUAGAACUAAAAUUCUGAAUGGAUUCUAUCGAUCUCAUUACAAGACCACUAAUGGAACGACUAGGUUAGCCAAUUUUAACACUCUCUUCGAGUCAACACACGCUAGAGCUGUAUUUCCUUGCUUUGAUGAACCUGUAAUGAAAGCAAUUUUUUCCAUAAGUAUUACUGUCCCAAAUGGCUACUCUGCUCUCUCCAAUACUCGUUUAUAUUUAACAAAAAGACUUUCUAAUCAGAAAGUUUUCUAUAAGUUUCGUCCUUCACCAAAAAUGAGUGUAUAUUUAGUCGCACUUGUAGUGUCUGACUUUAAACAUCUCGAAGGAAAGACUACUUCUAAUAUAAGUGUUCGAACAUGGGCAAAUCCGCGCCUUUGUCAACAUACAAAAUACUCAUUGAAUAUCGCCAUAAAAAUUAUACCAUUCUACGAAAGAAUUUAUGGUAUUGCUUAUCCUUUAUCUAAGAUGGCAGAUAUGGUCGUAGUACCCCAGUUCGCUGAUGGAGCCAUGGAAAAUUGGGGAUUAAUUACUUACAGAGAGACAUCGAUGAUAUAUAAUAAACUCACUGAUGCAUUGCAUACUAAGCAGAUAGUUGCACUCACUGUUGCACACGAAAUAGCCCAUCAGUGGUUUGGAGACUUAGUAACGAUGAGAUGGUGGAACGAUGUCUGGUUAAAUGAAGGUUUCGCUUCCUAUAUGGAAAAUGUUGGUGCAAAUUUUGUUGCUCCGGAAUUGAAAUUGAUGAAGCAGUUUCUGUUUACCAAUUAUGCUCCGGCACAAGAUCAAGAUGCCCUACCUACAAUUCACCCUAUUGUAACACAUGCAGCAACAGCUGAUCAAAUCGAUUACUUAUUUGACGAUAUUUCUUACCUAAAGGGAGGCUGCAUUCUUCGAAUGUUGGAGAGUUUUCUAGGAACUGAAACAUUCUAUCGUGGAAUAUAUCAUUACUUAUCACAACAUAAGUAUAAAACUGCAACGCAUCAGGAUUUAUGGAGAGCUUUACAAUGGGUAUGUAGACUACUUUGUUAG